UAGUUGUCUUCGCUGUGAUGUUGUUUAGUCUGAUAUCGUGCCUUUGGUUAAUCUCUAAGUAGUGCCAAAAUAUGUAUUAUUUUUUCUAUUUUUAGGAAAUGAAUAUUUAAAUAUUGCACAAAAUGAACGAUUUUAUUAAACAGUGGUAAAAUUGAUAAAAUUAAUAUUUAGAUGUGCUAACAGUUUUACACAAUUUAAUUUAUACGGCACUAAAUGGGAGUAACCCAACUGAAUAUUUAAAAAGAGCAAAGUAUAAGAUGGUUGUGAUGAAGCAAUCUGGAGUAAUUUAGCAGAUUAUUUUGUUUAAGUCACUAAACUAUGCUGAAAAAGCAGAGAUGCCUAGGGACAUUUUAAGUGACAGUCUGGCGGUGCUGCGGAUUGUGGAGCAUGAAGAUGAAGAAAGUUGGCCACUUGAGGAAAAGCCAGCUUGUAAACAAGGCACGGCUAAGAACACGGUAAACGGAUCAAAAUCUGCAAAUGAUGAUUGUGCCUGUUAUUAUAAUUAUGGUCUUCGCGAUUCAGUUGCAAGCCGGCAAAACGAUCCACUAUACCACUAUAAAACCAGCAGUCUCCCUGCAGCAGCAACUAUUAGCCAUUGGGAUAACUUGGUUUGCUCAGCUAUGCAGAUAUCGCCGGAAGAUAUAGCCAAUCAGCUCUCUAUACAUGAUUUGGUUUGUUUCAAAGCUAUACGUCCUGAAGAACUGAUAACGUGCGGCUGGACGAAAUCGAAUAAAGCGACAGUCGCACCAAAUGUUGUUGCCUUUACUAAACGUUUUAAUAGGGUAAGUUUUUGGACUGUUCAAGAAAUCUUAAAUGGCCAAGCGCCGAAAUCGCGAGCUGAAACGUUGGCUCACUUCAUUAAAGUCGCUAAGAAACUUUACGAUCUGAAUAAUUUACAUUCGCUCUUCGCUGUCAUAUCAGCUUUACACAGCGCUAGUAUAUACAGGUUGACAAAAACGUGGUCUUGCCUAUCGAAAAAAGACCGUCAGCAAUUCGAUCGUAUGGCCGAGCUAUUUGGCGAAAAGGACAACUGGACGGCCCUUCGGAAAUACAUGCACUCGAUACGACUUCCCUGUAUUCCCCAUCUUGGUAUCUUCCUCACAGAUUUAGUAUAUAUCGACAUGGCUCAUCCCCUCCACCUGGGCUCCCCUCACCGAGAAACCAAAAUGGGGGUUGUCCUUGAAACAGUGCAGAGGUACCAGAAAUCGGAAUAUGAUAUAAAGCCAGUGCCACACGUAGCAGACUUUCUUAACAGCGUUCGCUAUAUUGAGGAGCUCCAAAAGUUCUUAGAGGAUGACCAAUAUAAAUUGUCCUUAAAACUGGAACCGCCAUCUCCCGUCGGAAGUUGCUCUGGCUCGAAAGAGUCUGUUAAGGAAGUUUCAGCCCAGGGGACAAACCUGUUCACUCUGUCUCCAUCACAUAGACUUGGAUCAGGAUCCCUGAGAAUACAGGGGACGUAUAACCAAGGGAAGUUUGUUCCAACACAUAGGAAAAGCCGAUCUCUUGGAUCUAAGUUUCGAAGCGCGAGCUUGCCAAGAAAUUUUCACAAGGUCAAUUUUGGUGUUGGCAUAUUCGGCAAGGGACAACAUGAAGAUAAGAAUGGCAAAACGCCGGCUGGAUCGGUUAAUUUACUCGAUGACACAUUAUUAGAAUCUCCGAGCUCUGUUGUUGCUAAAAUAUCGGAGUCUUUACCCUUUAGUGAUCCGUCAACAUCAGAGCCAUUUGGAUGCGAUUUCCAAAGCUACGUACGACGCAAAACGUUAGUAAAAGAGGGAAGGAAGAUAUCUCUGUCCUCUUGGCAAAGAUAUUGGCUGCAAAUCACGGCAAAUAUACUAAUUUUCUACGCGUCUAAGUCGUUUAAAGGAACGUGUCGCACGGAUUUUAGUAAGGAUAAAUGUAAAGUGUUAACCCUUCACGCGGGAUGGAGGGCGAUGUGGGUGGAAAAUGAUGCCAGCGAUGGGUUUCAACUCCUCGAUAGGAAUGCCCAUACAAUAUACAAGUUCAAGACUGGUUCUGAAGCGACAGCGAAACAGUGGGUAUCUCGAAUUAAUAAUGUGACGGACAAUAUGGUCCAGCCUUUACCUGCGAAUCUUAUGUCAUUUGAAUAGCAUACGUACUACUUUAGUGCUUUAUAGGCAUAUAGCGUUUGGCAUAAUAUUGCCUUAAAACAAUUUAUUUUAUACGACAGGUUAAGAGGUGCUUUAUCAAAUGAAAAUUUCAACUAAUCAUUAUUUUUAUUUUAUUUAUAACUUGAAUCUUUUGAUUAGAAAGCUGCUUAUUACAGGAUUGACUAAUUGAUAUUCACGACUGGUUAUAUUUAGUCAUGAGAUCAAUUUUCAUUUUUGUUUAGGUUUUGGAAUAUUUCAGCUAGAUUUAGAGUUUAUAUGAACUAUGAGGCUUAGUUAGGUUACGUAAUCUCAGUUUGAUAUUUUAUUAAAUAAGUGGGAUAUAAGCUAUGUUUGCACUGACAAGGUUAAUUAUUGCUAAAACAAAUGAUAGAAAGGGCAAUCCAGCAAAGUAGAAUGAUAGAGAAUAGCGCACUUAGAAAUCGGCUGAUAAAUGAUUCAUCUUUAAAUUUGCUUUUAAAACUAUGAGUAUAAAAUGUUUGUUUGGCUAGUUGUGGCUAUGCAGCCCUGUCAGUGUGAACUACUUUAUUUUUAAGUAUGAUAUCUAGUUCCGACUAAAUGCGUUAGACGGCGUUAUCUCAUAUUAACGACUGAGUGUGUGAUUUUUUAUUAUUGCUAUAUUUUGAUGUUCUUGCCAAGGAAAUUUAGAGUAAGUAAAAAUACGUUUACACUGUAGUCUAAGAAAAAAAUAGGCUGACACCCAGGCAACGAUAUAAAUUUUGCCGAAGUACACGAUAUCACUGAACAAAUAACAAAAAUAAGGCAAAUUCAUUAAAAACAUUCACUAUCACAAUUUAAAGAUACACAUCUUUAAACAAAGCAGCCGUUAUUGUCAAUACUGUUUUAAAAGCCUGAAUAAUAUUGAACGAAAUAAAAUCUCAAGAAUAGUCUGGUGCCUUCUGCAGUUUAUUUACGUUACCGAUUAUUGUUUUUUUCUUCUUUUAUAUUAGUUUAAGUCAGUAGCAUAGAUUUUGUUUAUUUAUGUUAAAAGAACACUUUCAAUAAUACGGAGAGAAGAUUUCUGACUAAACUAACCUAAAUAUGUAAACCAUUUUCUUGUGCUUACAAAUCUAAUCAGUAAAAUAUAACCUAUACUAUUUAUUUAGUAUAGGUUAUCAGAUCAAAUAUACUUUUGUGGUACUAAGUCAAUUCCGUAUUAUUGAAAUCGCACAGAUGGCAACGCUUUCAAGGAUACUAAAACCAUGACUGUCCGCCAUUCAGUUAAACGAAAUAUGUGUGUGUAUAAACGUCUUACAGUAAAUGUGGUUCUCUAAAAAUCUUAGGAAUUUUCUCUAAUCGCAUUCCAUUCAAAGAUAUGGUUUAUAGUUAAAAAAUUGACCAUUUAUAUAUAUUCAUAUAUAAGAAGUGGUGUUAAAAUCAUUGAAAAGAAAGUCAAUAUUAGUUAUGUGAACUAUAAAAUGAUCGGGUUUAUUGUAGUUUAGGCUCAAAAUGUUAUCCCUGAAAGCGUCCAUCGAUUCACUUGUUUUAUUUUUAUUUUGUUACGUUAAUGUUUAUUGUGCUAAGAAUUUUCUAUUAAGUUAAAUUUAUAUUUUUUUAUCUCUUUGUAAUAAGAGAAAAUUUAUGUUUAAUUUAAUAGAAAUCAAUACUCAUGAAUAAAUCGUGUAUUUUUGUACCGA